CUAGAUUCUCGAAUAUACAUUCCCCUCUCCAUCUCUCUCUUCAAGAUAGUUUUUUGAAUCUGGGAAACACACAGUCUCUCUCUCUCUCUCCAUACCUUUCUCCGAUCUUAUCUUCGGUCCUUGUUCAUCGAAAUGGCGCAGCUUCCAUGCGACGGCGGCAACGGGAACUGCUCGCUAUGCAAGUCGAUUCCUCUCCCCGAGGAAUCUCUGACUUGCAGCUUAUGCGGCACUCCAUGGCACGUUCCUUGCCUCUCUUCGCCUCCCGAAUCCCUCGCCUCCACUCUACAGUGGCAUUGUCCUGAUUGUACCGGCGAAAUCGAUCCGCUCCCCGUUUCCGGCGAACCCGAUGGUGGCUCAGAACUUUUAGCCUCGAUCCGCGCGAUCGAGGCCGACGACUCUCUGACUGACGCAGAUAAGGCUAAGAAGAGGCAAGAGCUACUUGGCGGUAAGGCCGAUGGUGACGAAGACGAGAAAAAGAGCUCGGGUCUCAAUGUUGAUGUGUUGGCCGCCUUCGGAGAAAACCUAGAAUGCUCUUUCUGUAUGCAGUUGCCUGAGAGGCCAGUAACUACACCAUGUGGGCACAACUUUUGCUUAAAGUGUUUUGAGAAGUGGCUAGCUAGAGGACGCCGGACUUGUGCCAAAUGUCGCAGUGCAAUUCCUGCAAAAAUGGCAAGCAAUCCUCGGAUCAACGCUUCCCUUGUCUCUGCUAUUCGUUUGGCCAAAGUUUCCAAGAGUGCUGCAUCUGUGGCUACUGCAAACGUUUAUCAUGCCAUUGCUAACCAAGACCGACCGGAGAAAGCAUAUACAACCGAUCGUGCUAAGAAGACCGGCAAGGCAAAUGCUGCAAGCGGCAGGAUCUACGUGACGAUUCCAUCCGACCAUUUUGGUCCGAUACCAGCUGAGAAUGAUCCUGUCCGAAAUCAAGGAGUUUUGGUCGGUGAAUCCUGGGAGGAUAGGAUGGACUGUAGGCAGUGGGGAGCUCACUUCCCACACAUUGCUGGUAUUGCUGGACAGUCGAAAUAUGGAGCUCAGUCUGUAGCACUCUCUGGCGGCUAUGUAGAUGAUGAGGAUCAUGGAGAAUGGGUUUCUCUACACUGGAAGGUUUGCUUUUCUUUUUCUCAUUGCUCCUUGUGUCUACUGUUUCUUAUAAUCUUUGGAGGAAGAGACCUUAGCGGAAACAAACGGACUAACAAGGCUCAGUCGUUUGACCAGGUGUUUGAGCACUCAAAUGAAGCUUUAAAACUAAGUUGCGAAAUGGGUUAUCCCGUUCGUGUUGUCAGGUCUCACAAGGAGAAACGUUCUGCAUAUGCCCCUGAGGAAGGAUUGAGAUAUGAUGGGGUUUACAGGAUCGAGAAGUGCUGGCGAAAAGUUGGAGUGCAGGGUUCUUUUAAGGUCUGUCGAUACCUCUUUGUUAGGUGUGACAAUGAGCCAGCACCAUGGACAAGUGAUGAGCAUGGAGAUCGGCCAAGACCAUUGCCAAACGUUCCAGAGCUUAAGAUGGCAACAGACCUGUUUGAAAGAAACGAGAGUCCAUCAUGGGAUUUCAAUGAAGGUGAGGGUCGUUGGGUAUGGACAAGGCCUCCACCUCCUAGUCAAAAGCCAGUUCAUGCUUUGGAUGCUAAAGAGACGAAGAGUCUGAGGAAAGCCAUUAAAGCGGCACACUCGAAUUCUACCAGCAAAAAACUUCUCAACGGUUUGAAGUCCAACUCUCUGCUUCUGCUGUUAUCAAUUUCUGUUGUGGUUUGUGUUGUGCAGUCCAUGCGUUAUAUCACUUCUUCACUGGUUUAUCAAACUGUUGUUGGAUAUAAUCGUUGUUGUGUUGAUGCAGAGUUUAAGUGCCUAAUCUGUAAGGACGUGAUGACUCUUCCUGUCACAACGCCUUGUGGUCAUAGCUUUUGCAAAGGAUGCUUAGAAAAGGGAUUCGCUGGGAAGACACUUGUGAGGGAAAGAAGCAGAGGUGGACGGACACUUCGUGCACGGAAGAACAUCAUUAACUGCCCUUGUUGCCCCACAGACAUUGCUGAGUUUCUCCAGAACCCACAGGUCAAUACAGGAGUAAUGGAGGUGAUUGCGAAGCUGCAGAACAUGGAAAAAGCGGAAGGCGCAAGUGUAGAUGAAAAGGAAGAGAAAGCGGAGACAGAGCCUGAAGAAGAAACUCCGAUAGUGACUGAAGAAGCUGAACCACCGAGGAAAAGGGCCAAAAAGUUGACUCUGACACAGUAGUUUCUGCGACUGCCGUGGAAUCUGUCAUGAACUAGAUUGGUCGUGAGCCUUUGUAAAGGCCUUUUUCUUUUUCUUGGAUCGAGAGACAAAAAGGUUUUUUUGUUUGUUUUGUUUUGGAACAUAAGACCGAAACACUCUAGUAUCUGAUUCGCUGUUUUCGGUACGCAGCAGUUGUGUAACCUAUCGCUAAGUAAGUUCGAAUUAUAAAACUUUAGAACUUGGUUUCACUAAUUAUAUUACCAGUCUAUUUUAUGAGCGU